AUGGUUGAUGUUGAAUCCGGUCAUAUCAGAACUGAAGUUGAAACUUCACUCGAGGGCACUCGAUGGGAUGGCGUAUCAGAAUUUGGGAAAGAUGAGAGCUGUGUUUGGCGAUUGCGUGCAACUCAACGUAAAAAGCAUGGGCUGUUUGAAAUUACACAAUACAAAGGGCCACAUACACGCAUAAACGAGACUCUCUUGCAGGACCACCCACAACUGAAGUCUAGCUUAGUUGCAAAUGAAGUCGUAGAAAUUAUCAAAAGUGAUGCCGGUGCUUCUAUUGCAACUUUGCAAGCACACUUGAGGUCAAAGUAUCAGUACCAUGUAUCGUACAGAAAGGUGAAGUGGGCGUGGACAGAAAUCCCUGAUGCUAACAAUGCUGCUAUUUUGACAUGUGUGUUUUGGUCAUUUGCACCAUCAAUAGAGGGAUUUCGUCAUUGUCCUCCAGUUCUCUAUAUGGACGGAACGCACUUGUACGUAAAAUAUAAAGGUAAAUUAUUAAUUGCAACGGCCCCUGAUGCAAAUCAACAAAUAUUUCCAGUAGCGUUUGCCAUCGUUGAGGAGGAGAGUUUGUGCACAUGGUCCUGGUUCCUUAAGUGCAUUCAGGAUGAAGUGACUGAUCGCGAUAAUUUGUGUCUCAUAUCAGAUAGACAUGUCGGUAUUCUUGCUGCCAUUCGUCAAAACGAUGACUGGCAACCGCCACGUGCGCACCAUCGGUUUUGCUUACGUCACAUUGUUAACAACUUCAACCAGAGGGUGCACAAUACGAUGCUCAAGCGGAUGGUUGAAAUAGCUGGUAGGGAGCACCAAGUUAGGAAAUUCAAUAGUAUGAUGGAAAGAACCCUAACAGAGGGUGGGCCUAUUGUAAAGUCCUUUUUUGAAGAGAUACCUCCUCAUAUGUGGACGCAAUGUCACGAUGGUGGUCGAAGUGCCUGCCGAGAGGCAUCUCGCCAAGCAAUGGAGUCAGGGAAUGGUUACACACCACAAAUGUUGUUGCAAAUGCAGAGGAGGGAGAUGGCAUAUGUUGGACAUGAGGUUAUCAACUUCAACAUUGAAAGGGGGUUGUUCAGCAUUCAAACUACACUGCGGCCACCAAAUAAGGGUCAAAAUAUUCAAACAGUUGACAUAAAGGGACGUCGGUGUACAUGUGGGAAGUGA